AUGUUUGCAGCAGCCACCAAGAACUUUGUCAAGCAGGUGGGUGACACCGGGAGAUUGAUCCCUGUCCCGAGCCUCAGUGAGGCAGACCGCUAUCAGCCACUCAGCCUUGUCACCAGGAGGAAAAAGAAACGUUUCUGGAAAAAAAAGAAGAAAUACGCCUCCACUGCUUUCUCCCUCAAAGACAUCCUUGUUGGGGAGAAGGAGAUCACAGCAGGUGUAUCCUCUUAUCAGCUGCUGAACUAUGAGGACAAAUCAGAUGUGGCCAUCAACGGACGCCUUGGGAACCACCUCAUCAAUGACGUGGGCUUCAACGUCAGCGGAUCCGACUCGGUGGCCGUCAAAGCUUCUUUCGGUAUUGUGACCAAACAUGAGGUGGAAGUGCCCACGUUGCUGCGAGAACUCAACUCCAGGAAAGUAGAUGUUGAACACUGCCUCGUCCGUCAAUCAAGGGAGAGUGGAUGGAGUGUCCUCUGUGUCGUCAUGGAAAGCAUCCGUACCACUCGCCAGUGCUCUCUCACGGUCCAUGCUGGCAUGAGGGGGGCCACUAUGAGGUUUCAGAUUGAUGAUGGCAGAAACCCAAAAGGCCGAGACAAGGCCAUUGUCAUCCCAGCUCACACCACCAUCGCCUUCAGCAUCUGCGAACUAUUUGUUCGACUGGAUGGGCGACUAGACAUCUGUGUGGCACCGGGGUCUCAAGGUGGAUUUGAACAGGAGUGCAGUAGUGACUUCUUUAUUCUUUCAACAUUUUGUGACUUUUUGCUCCCCGUCCAUACAGAUGAUAGAACAUUCGAGGAACUCACUCACUCUGACACCUUCAUGGAUGACACGAUGACCGACUACUACGAGAAAGCUGCCAGCAUGACUGAUAUCUCCACGGCCUACCUGAGGGAAAGUUCCCACACACGCGUCAACCUCCUCAAACACAACGUCCCCAAGGGGCCAUGUGCACUGUGCGGCAUGGGCAACCAAAAAAGAGAAACUGUCUAUGGCUGUGUGGAAUGCUCAUUUGGUGGUCAAAAAUAUGUGAGGCUUCAUGUGGUACCCUGCUUUGACCUCUGGCACAAAACGCUUAAGUGA